AUGGACGACUUGGCUUCGCUGAUGUGGCCGCUGCCGCCGGCCGUGUUUCCUUUCGCCGUCGUCGCCUACCGGGAGACUUCGGAGACCCGCUUCUGUGCAGUACUUCAAGAUUUCCUUCGUCGGGCGCUGGCGCCUGUGGAUGAUUUGGACCUCGCGCCCGGGGUAGCCGCUGCGCUGCGCGUCAAGCUGGCUGCAGCCGCGGGAGCAGGCCGACUUCCCGCUGCGCGAGGGCCGGUCGCCGCCCAGCAGAACCUGCCAGAGAAACUCUCGCCUUUGAUGCAUCCUCUAUCCGUGGACAGCUUUCCUUUUGUGUUGGCUGCAUUCUUCGACGCGAUGCCCAGCGACUUCUUCACACAUGUGAGCGAGCUGCUUGCGGGCAGCGGGGCGACUACGGGUCUGCACCUUCUGACCCCGGAUUCCGCGACCGCUCUGCGUUCCAAGUUUCUGGCCUUGGGCACGGCCGGAAAGAAAGGACACUGGGCAGGUGACCGUGACUGCCAGCGUAAGCCGUCCUCAGGAGGCAGCAUAACCCAUGGUGGCACCAAGGAUAGAGCUGCGCAUUUCUCCGCGAUCUUGACCAAAGACGCGUCCGUGCAGACCUCGUUUCUUGGAAAGCGAAGAAGCCGAGGUACUGCUGCGGCCUCAGACGUUUCUGGCGGACGACGACCAUGA